CGGCAUCGCAGGUUAGAGAACACAAGCUUUGAAACCCAGACUCCAGACCAGUCGGCGGAAUCCGACGGAGGAUUCAAUUCCCCGAUCUUCGUUCGAGGUGUUGCGAUUCGCCGGUUGGCGAGAGUCAGUGAGAGAGACAAGAGAAGAUGUUCGGGAGAGCGCCGAAGAAGAGCGAUAACACGAGGUACUAUGAGGUACUGGGAGUUCCGAAGACGGCCUCGCCGGAGGAUCUGAAGAAAGCUUACAGGAAAGCUGCGAUCAAGAAUCAUCCCGACAAGGGUGGCGACCCCGAGAAGUUCAAGGAGCUCGCCCAGGCGUACGAGGUGUUGAGCGAUCCCGAGAAGCGAGAGAUUUAUGAUCAGUACGGCGAGGAUGCGCUCAAGGAAGGAAUGGGUGGUGGCGGCGGCGGUGGCCAUAACCCCUUUGACAUCUUUGAGUCUUUCUUUGGCGGUGGUGGUUUUGGAGGUGGUAGCAGCAGGGGAAGGAGGCAGAGGAAGGGAGAGGAUGUUGUUCAUCCAUUGAAAGUUACCUUGGAGGAUCUCUACCUUGGGAGAUCCAAGAAGCUUUCCUUGUCCAGGAAUGUGAUAUGCUCCAAGUGCAGUGGCAAGGGGUCAAAGUCUGGAGCUUCAAUGAAAUGCUCUGGUUGCCAAGGAAGCGGUAUGAAGGUAUCAAUUAGGCAACUAGGUCCAGGAAUGAUUCAGCAGAUGCAGCAUGCUUGCAAUGAAUGCAGAGGAACUGGUGAAUCUAUUAGUGACAAGGACCGCUGCCCUCAGUGCAAGGGUGAGAAAGUUGUCCCCGAGAAGAAGGUGCUGGAAGUGGUAGUGGAGAAGGGGAUGCAGAAUAAUCAGAAGAUCACAUUCCCUGGCGAAGCAGAUGAAGCCCCUGAUACUGUCACUGGUGACAUAGUCUUUGUCCUUCAGCAAAAGGAACACCCUAGGUUCAAGCGAAAAGGGGAUGACUUGUUUGUGGAACACACACUAUCCCUCACCGAAGCCCUGUGUGGAUUCCAAUUUGUUAUUACACACUUGGAUGGCAGGCAGCUCCUGAUCAAAUCACUUCCUGGGGAAGUCGUCAAGCCUGAUUCUUUCAAGGCUGUCAACGAUGAGGGAAUGCCAAUGUACCGGAAGCCAUUCUUGAAGGGCAAGCUUUACAUCCACUUCACCGUUGAUUUCCCUGAUUCCUUAACUCCAGAUCAAGUGAAGUCACUUGAGGCUGUUCUGCCCCCAAAGAAUCCGAGUGGCUUGACUGAGAUGGAGCUUGAUGAGUGUGAAGAAACUACUUUGCAUGAUGUCAACAUCGAAGAAGAGAUGAGGAGGAAGCAGCAGGCUCAGAAUGAGGCAUAUGAUGAAGAUGAUGAGAUGCCAGGUGGUGCUCAGAGGGUGCAAUGUGCUCAGCAGUAGACCCUGAAGCUUUCGCUGGCUAUUUGAAUUGAAUUUCAGUCUUGAGUGUGUCUUCUUUAUGGUGUAGUCUUUCUAUAUAGCGUCUGUGAGGAAGUUUUUGGGACUUGAUAUGCUGCUAAUCAAUUGUACCUUCUGUUAAGUUAAAUGACAUGACGCUAUCA